ACUGUCGCGCACUCACGACUCGGGGUUGUGUUGUGCGGAGCGCUGCGACUCCACUUCCCAGGGUGCCCUGUGGUAGAUCUGCUGGCGGGACUCCAUUCCCCAGCGUGCCCCGCGUCGACGUGACGUCUCCCAGAGAGCCCCACGCCGACCUGUGGGCGGGGACCCAUGUCCCAGAAUUCCUCGCGGGCGCGGACACCGUCUCCUAGAGCGCCCCGCGCCGGCCUGGCGCCCACCUGCCGGCGCCCACCGGCUCGGAACUGUCGGGUCUGUUUCCCGUCGGGUGCUGCGGGCCCCUCCCUGACGGCUUCCCGGCGGUCGCGACAGCGCGAUGGACAGCCCGGAGGUCACCUUCACGCUGGCCUACCUGGUGUUCGCCGUGUGCUUCGUGUUCACGCCCACCGAGUUCCACUCAGCCGGGCUCACGGUGCAGAACCUGCUGUCGGGCUGGCUGGGCAGCGAGGACGCCGCCUUCGUGCCCUACCACCUGCGCCGCACGUCCGCCACGCUCCUGUGCCACUCGCUGCUGCCGCUCGGGUACUACGUGGGCAUGUGUUUUGCAGCUUCAGAGAAGCAACUCUACUCCCCCAGCCAGGCCCCAGAGGCCUGGCGGCUCUUCCUUCUGCUGGCGGUGACCCUGCCCACCGUCGCCUGCACCCUGAUCUACUAUUGGUCCUGGGAUCGGUGGGCCCAUCACCCGCUGGCCCGCACCCUGGCCCUCUACGCCCUCCCGCAGUCAGGUUGGUGGGCUGUCGCCUCCUCCGUCAACACUGAGUUCCGGCGGAUCGACAAGUUUGCCACGGGGGCACCAGGUGCUCGGGUGAUUGUGACGGACACGUGGGUGAUGAAGGUGACCACAUACCGUGUGCACGUGGCUCAGCAGCAGGAUGUGCACUUGACUGUGACAGAAUCACAGCAGCACGAGCUCUCACCGGACCCCAACCUGCCUGUGCAGCUCCUCACCAUCCACGUGGCCAGCACCAGCCCUGGUGUGCAGGCCUUCGACAUCCGGCUGAACUCCACGGAGUACGGUGAGCUGUGUGAGAAACUCCGCGCGCCCAUCCGCAGUGCGGCCAACGUGGUCAUUCAUCAGAGCCUGGGCGACCUGUUCCUGGAGACGUUUGCUUCUCUGGUGGAGAUCAAUCCGACCUACUCCGUCCCCAGCAGCCAGGAGCUGGAGGCCUGCAUCGGUUGCAUGCAGACGCGUGCCAGCGUGAAGCUGGUGAAGACAUGCCACGAGGUGGACGAGGGCGAGUGCCAGCAGUGCUACUGCCGCCCCAUGUGGUGCGUCACCUGCAUGGGCAAGUGGUUUGCCAGCCGCCAGGACCCGCAGCACCCCGACACCUGGCUCGCUAGCCGCGUGCCGUGCCCCACCUGCCGUGCUCGCUUCUGCGUCCUGGAUGUGUGUCCUGUGCGCUGAGCCCGCUGGCCAGGUGACGGAGCAGCCUCAGCGACCCCGUGGAGCGCAGCCAGGGCCUGCAGGCCCGUUUGUGUGGUCAGCCAGGGGCUCUUUUCCCAGCGUGAUGAAGGAGGAGGGUUUGGGUCUGAAAGGGAGGUUUUUCUGCUGCGGCGCUGGCAGUGACCGUGGGAUAGGUCUUCGAUGCCUCUUCUUCCUUUUAUUUUCUGUUUCACCAGGUAGGACAGGUGCUGGACACGGAACUUGGUGUGGUGUGGGGCCCGUUUCCGGAGCAUUCUGAGGCCACUUGAGCUAUCUUCUGGGAGACUGGGGGUCUGACCCUGUCGCCCUCCCCUGAACCACUUGCCUUAAUUUUAUGUAGCACACUUGCCUCUUAGUUACAUACCAGACGCAGGUUUAUCCAAACUGGUUGCAGUCUAUCCUCCAGGCUCCCAUCUCCAAGCUGGCUGCUGGCCCUGGGGGGUCGUGUUCCCUCCGCACCCCACCAGGCUGCUCUCAUGACCUGGGGGGGGAGUCUGACCUGAAGAGAGAGGCCUGGGGUACAACUCCAGGGUGAGAGCACUGCCUGGGGCUUGCUGGUGGCUCUUCCUGGAUGGGUGGCCCCACCCUGCUCCUUGCCUGGGGAUAUCCUGGGCUUCCUGUUAGAGGCUGGGUGAGGAGCUGGCUUCUCUCACUUCCUGUUCUUUAGUUGCAUGCUUGUGGGGUUGCCUGUCUCUUGGAGGGGCAUGCACCUCCGCGCCUGCUGCUGCCCCCAGGAGUCCAGGGAAAGGCCAUGUCUCCGAUUUCUGGUCAGAGGCAGUACUGAGAUGAAGAUACACACAGCGAAUUCCUACAUCCAGGCAACAAGCUUGUUGGGACACAGCACCGGGCUGGCCUGUGCUGGCACCCCUCUGUAGGGUCCUCCUGAGUCAGGAAGGAAUGUGCCGUGCCUCUUCCCGAUUUCUGGUGGCACAAUUGAGAGGGCAGUCCUGGGCCUUUGGGUCCAGCUCUGACAGAUGUGGCUGCCGGGGGUCCUCGCUUGGAGCCUCACAUUCGUAGUCCUAAGCCUCCUAAGCCUGGCUGUUUCAAGCAGUGGUGAUGGACCCAGCUGGUUCGACUUGCCCAAGGCCACACUGAAACCCCAGGCUUUUGGGAGUGGAGGUGGCUCAGUUUUGUGGACCCCCAGGGUACUCCACAAAUGAAGGCAGGCCAUCAGAGGGGAGGGCACGCCCAGCCUCAGCCCAGUUUCAGGUGCUGCCAAAGGAGGGCUGGGCCAGGUUAUUUUUACAAGAGAAAGUUACUUAGUUUUAUAAACUUAUUGUAGCUAAGCGAUACAGUAUUUAAUAAAACGAUAGCCUCAAAACUUAAGACUUAAA